GGUAUAGACGCUGAUAUACGCCAUGUUUGUUCGUCGUUAGCGCCGACAACGUUGCUGAAUUGGACGUGCUGUUUCUUUUGCAUUUUUAGAUAAUGUGCAUAAAAUAAUAAAUUUAUUAUAAUACACAUUUGUAUAGAUUUAGUGAGUUUUUAGUGGAUUAUAUAUUUGUGGUCGAAUAUCAAACAAAACUAAUGCAACGUUGAACAUUCUGUAAAGUUUUUGUAGAUUGACGAGUGGAUGACAAUUAAAAAUGGAUUCUAUGGACCCACGGCUUAUUAGUCAAGCUCUCAAUUAUCAUGGUCAACAGCUCCAAAAAGUUUGGGAAAGCGAGCGCAAUGAAGCUGAACUCUCAAUGCUUAAUCUGAAGGAGCCAAAUUUUGAAAUUUAUCAACAGCGCCAAAAAACCCUAAGUUUUAGCGAUAGAGGCAAAAGAUUGAAACUUCAACAGUUUCUAGCCAAGAAGGCAGAUGCUCUAUAUGACAAAUCUAAUCUUAUCAGAAGUGCUGAUCCAAUCAAACAAGAACUUGGAGACGAAGAAUUCUAUGCUACAAUGCCUGGUCUGGACUCAUUUGUAGCAAUGGAAAAGUCUCAACGAAUACGUAAUUUUUUAGAGAGUUUAAUAGUUGGUGAUGUCAUUUUUGCACAAGUAAUGGGCAAAAGUGCUGCUGGGCUUUUGUUAAAGGUUCUUUGCAACUGCAGUGAUUUUCCAAGAGUUGUUUCCGAUCUUGGUGUAAAAGCUUUAAUCUUAAACACUGCCACUGUACCAGCAGUGGAUAAGAAAGGUGUUACAAGAGGCUACAUGGCCAAUGAUCUUGUCUGCGUUGUUGUUGGUGAAGUUAAUGUGGAAGCUGAGCGAGUUGUAGCAGUUAUGAAUGUGCCUCCUCGUGAAGGUCAAGCUUCUCAUCCACCUAUGGGACUUGUACAUGCCGAAGAUCUGCCUGAUGCUUACAAGAAAGCGAUGGACAACAAAGGACAAAGCUAUGAAACAAUCAUGGAGAAUAGUUCUGGAUUCAACAAUCCAAACAACAUUAAAUAUCUGUCUGAUUUGAUGGGACUUGGUCAGAUAAGCUAUUCGAAUAUGGUCGGCUUAAGAGAAAGGUUCCCGUCCAAUGAAUGUGCUAGUGAAUUAAGACAGGCACAAGCCAGCAAGUGGGCUUUUCGCAGUGUGGCAGAAGGUAUCGAUCAUUUCAAAGCUGGUCGACAUUCAGAAGCUUUCCAAUGCUUGAAUAAAGCUCUGACUGUUGAUCCACGCAAUGUCGAAGGAUUAGUUGCCAGAGGUGCAUUGUAUGCUAAUAGUGGCAGCUUCAAAAAGGCAAUUGAUGAUUUUGAGACGGCAUUAAAGCUAAAUCCCAGUCACGCUAAUGCUCGUAAGUACAUGGCUGAGACAUUAGUUGCUUUAGGCCGCAGCUAUGAAGAUGAGAAAAAGUAUGAAGAAGCACUUAAGGCGUACGAAAAUUGCUUGACCAUAGCACCUUAUCAUGAAGAGGCAAAGAAUUCAAUUGAGUACAUUAAGAGCAAAACAAACCUGUCAAGUGGUGGUGGUGGUGGAAAUGGUGUCGGCGGUGGCAAUCUAUCUGCAAAUUCCCUCGAGCCUUUCAAAGCCUUCGAACGUGAAAACGAGGUCGUGGAUGGUGAAACUAAGAAGGAGAAGAAGAAGCGCAAAAAAGAACGCAAAUCGCGCUCAAAGAAGCGCCAACGCUGGAGCUCGAGUUCUAGUUCAUCGAGCCCAGGCUCGUCAAGCAGUAGCAGCAGUUCCGAUUCAUCGGGUACUUCGAGCUCGUCCGCUGGCAGUUCUCGUUCCAACUCUCGUUCGCCAAAUCGCAGGAAGAAGCACAAGAAGGAACAUCAUGGAUCCUCACUUUCACCCCUUUCUAAGCGUAUGGCUCAAUAUAAUAAUCCACCAGCAACAGGAAUUGUCGCUGCCGUGACCCUCAACAGCCAUGAUAAUAUAGCACCGGCACAGCUUUACGGUCCCAAUUCCCGUGAGAAGGAGGACUACGAGUUGAAGGUCCGCAAGUUCUUGGAGCAGACCAAAGACGAUUCUGAUUAUGAAGACAAGGUGAGGAAAUUCUUAGAGGAGACGGCUAGAUGGAAACGCGAAAAAGAAAAGGAAAAGAAACACUCUGAAUCGGAAAAAAAAUUGAAGAAAAAGAAGAAAGAGAAGAAGAUCAAGGAUAAGGAUAAGGAAGAGAAAAAGUUACGGAAGAAAAAAAAGAAAGAAGAGCGCAGGAAGCGUAAAAAUAAGGACAAACUUGAAAGAGAUUUGCAAACAUCAUUACCUGAUCUUGAGCAACUUGAGUCAAAGCUUAAUGCCUAUUAUGCCAAGGUUGAAAAAGAAACAGCAGUUAUUAAAAGGUAUGUUGCUCAGUAUAAUGACAUGCCUUCCCCUCUUAGUAAUGCCGAAAAGCUAGCGGAGUCCACGCGUAGAGAAGACGAUUUACGCAGGGAAAAGGAUAGAGAUGAAGUUUUUAAGGCAUAUCAUGAAAGAGAUCCAAGGCUUAAUUUACCAUUGCAGAGAAAAGAUGUACAACGUAAACCUUUUCCAGAUAUAUUUGAACAAGAAUCACAGUUGAUUCAUCCCGAGCCAAAGCUCCCGAAUUUGGAUACCGUUACACUCAAUGCUAAAUGGAAAGCUGUACAGGCUGCUAGGCAACGGGAGCCCCAACAACAAAAGUGGCAGGAACUGCAGCCAGAAAAGAAGCAGAAGGCGCCGCUUGAGAGCGAGGACGAUGAGCCUGAAAUGCAGCGUCCGCUCGAUAAAUCUCUUAAUAUUCGCAAGCAUAUGCAGCGCGAAAUGGCAGAGAAGCGCGCUCAGCAACAAAUGGUUGCCCCGACGCCACCUCCCGGGCACAAGGAAUCGCCCAUGAAGGCCCAGGCCCCAGUCAAGUAUCCAACACCCCAACCGCAAAACAAAUUCCAAAGCUAUAAGGACGCAGCGAUUUCUAUGCAGCAACAGCAGCAGCAACAGCAGCAACAGCAACAGCAACAAUCUAAUUCGAACUCAACCAAGUUUUCGUCCAGUCUUGGCAACAAAUUCCAACCGAUCGGCCCUGCCUCCGGCGGCGGCGCCGAUCCCAAGACCAAGGGCACUCCGCGCUCUGACUCGGAGGGUGAACGCGUUCCCAAACAUCAGCAGCGGAUCCGACGUUCGCGCUCCCGCUCGCGCAGCGGCUCCAGCUCAGGCUCCUCCCGCUCUCGUUCCCAGCGCUCCCCGAGGCGGUCGCGCUCUCGCUCCUACUCGGGCCGCCGCUCCGGAAGCUACGAGCGCAAGUAUAGCCGCUCAGCUUCUGGCACUUACUCCGGGCGCUCGCGCUCCCGCUCCCGCUCGCGUUCUUACACGCGCUCCAGGUCCCGCUCGCGUAGCCCGGAUCGCGGCUACUAUCGCAAGCGUCAGUUCCGCCCGUACAAUAAUCGUGGCACGUACUACAAGCCGCGUUUCCAGCCCUUCAAUAACCAAAACCAUCGGGGCCCUGGAGGCGGAGGCGGCCAGGGCUUCCGCAACAAUGGCCAGCAGCAGCGUUUUUACGGCAAUCAGAACAAUCAGAAUCGCUUCAAUAACCGCCGUGGUAAUUUCCACCACAAUCAGCGCGGUCACAUGAUGAAUCAUCGCGGCGGCCGCAUGAACAACCGUGGCGGCCGCUUCUUCCACAACAACCGUCAGAACAAUUUCCGCGAUAACUUCCGCGAUCGCAGGGACUUCCGGGAUAGGCGAGCUUUCUCGCGCGAGCGCUACAGCGACAGAAGUUAUUCACCAGACCCCAUGCGCAAGGUCGACGAGGCUAAGGAGAAGAUCAACAAGAUGAUCGAGGAGGGCGGCGAGCGGGCACCUCGCUCGCGCGACAGGUCGCGAUCAAGGUCGCGCUCUCGUACGCGGGAGCGUUCACGCACUCGGGAACGUUCGCGUACGAGGGAGCGCACCAGGUCGCGGACGCGGGAGCGUUCGCGCUCGAGGCCCCGAGAACGGGAGAGGGAUCGCUCGCCGGUGGAACGCUCAAGGGAGCCGUCGCCGAAGAGCCGUGAGCCCGCGCUCAGCGAGCACGAGGACAGGGAGGAGGACGACUACGAGCGCUGGGGCGAGGGCGAGGAGCUUGACGGAAAGAACAAGGAGGAUAUCCAAGCCGCGGGUGACGUUAUACUGGAAGAGAAGGAGGAUUUCAUUCAGCGUAUGAAGCAGCGCAGCCAGAACGUUCUCAUCAAGAGAGCCAUCGAAGCUAGGACAUGGUACAGGCCAACUUCGCCUUAGGAAAAUACAAAUAAAGACUAUUUUCACGAUAAACGACACGUUUUGUUAUGACAACUGGCCGUCUAUUCGGAUUAUUAAUCCUUUCACCCAGAUUCCUCUUUUCUGUGAUACAUCUAAUACAUGGACGACUGGCAUUUUUGACUUCAGCAACAUUCAUAACUUUCACUGAACCACGUGAUUCGAUGCCUCUGUUUGAUUAGAUUAUAAGGAUUUAACUUGAACAGUAAGCUGCACCAACAUGCGCAAUUAUAAAUUUGUUUGGCACAUUGUUUUUGCUAUAAUUACAACGGAUAAUUAACGAUCCGUUCCACUCAAUUUUCGUUGUAUAACGAAUACCUGUAUAAAAAAAAAAAAAAAAAAAAAAAUCC